GGGUAUGACGGGAACUGGAGCCCGUGAGUGCUGAGACGAAACCAAACGCCGCGUUAUUCGAACCUGACCGCGAAAUAGUGUCGCAAUCCGAGUCGGUUCCCCGUCGCAAUGGAUGAAUGUGCUUCCAAAUACAGGUAGUUCAGAGACAUGGGUGAUUGGACGCGGAGGAUGUGACUCGACUAUGAAAUGUCGUACAGAACGCGGCGGCCUCUUUCUUUCGAACGAGUCGAGCACAUGGAAUGAAGUCGGUUUCUACGAGCUGGGCAAUACCCUUCAACUGGGACACGCAGGCAUUGGAGACUAUGGGCUCGAUAUUAUAUCCAUGGAUAACCAGCUAGAUCUAGAGGAUCAAGUUGUUAGCAUUCUUAACACGACCGAAUGGUGGAUUGGAUCCCUGGGGUUGGGAACUAAGAAGACGACUUUUACCGGUAGUGAGAAGCUGUCGGUCCUUAGCACGUUGGUGGAGAAUCGAAGCCUGGUGCCGAGUCAUAGCUACGGGUAUACUGCAGGUGCAUCUUAUCGGCUCAAAGGUGUCCGGUCCUCUCUCACCUUUGGGGGCGUUGACAGGAAUCGAUUCGUUGAGAACAAUGUUACUUUCACUCUAUCUCCAGACGAUCUCCCCGUUGUGACGGUCAAAUCUAUCAAAGUCUCAACAAACCUCAAACCUCUUGGAUCGAACCUUGUCUUCCGCCCUCUGGACGCACUGGAGCGCUACACUAUCGAUUCUUCUACUCCUUUCUUUUGGUUUCCGGAAUAUGUCUGUACUGCGUUUGCUGAAGAGCUCGGCCUAGAAUAUAACGACACGCUCCAGCUUUAUACGUAUGGACCAAACUCCUCGAAGUACGACAAUGUGACGAAUUCCAACAUAUCAUUCACGUUUACGCUCUCCGAUCUUCCAGGCUCUAGAGAGUCGGUCGAUAUCACCCUUCCCUUCUCUGCGUUUGACCACGAGCUCUCUUACCCCUUUCCCAAAUUGGAUGCUAACGCCAGUUCACAAGCCCUUCGUUACUUUCCUAUCCGAAAAACAUCAGAUACGAAAAAGUUCACUCUAGGAAGAGCAUUCCUACAAGAAGUCUAUCUAGCCGUUGACUUUGAACGACGAAACUUUUCGAUAUCUCAAGCCAAGUUUCCCUCUGAUGGUGGUAUCGAAAUGGACCUAGUCGCAAUAUCUCGCCCGCCAGAUAGCUCAUAUAAAGGACCUUCCGAUUCACGGAGGCGUUUGUCGAAAGGCGCCGCAGCUGGUAUCGGCGUAGGCGUCAGUAUUGUCGUUAUUGUCGCAGCAUGUGUCGUGGCUACAUCCUGCCUUCGCAGGAGAAAGCGUGAAUUGCUAUUGGAGCCCAAUGAAAAAGAGCAGCAACAAGAGCGGAGGCGGCGAUACUGGAAGUUCUGGCGCUCGUCGGAUUCACCUUCUCCAUCUGAACUGCUUGGGGAUGAGCAUUUCGUCGCAGAAGCCCCGGCAGACUCCUCAGUGAGUCGAUUCGAGCUUCCUGGCUCCUCUGUGCCGGCUGAGCUUGAAGCUUCCGAAGUGACGAACCCUCUCUACAGUGCCAACAGAAAGAGGCGGAAUGGAUCCGAUGCUCCUCCCGCUUACGAACAUAGAAAUACUGAAGAUUUCGCAGAAACAGUGACAUCAAACAGGCGUUUAUCGCCCGGCACGGGGCCUCCUGUAUAUGUGUUGUCCGACGUUCCACUGGAUACCGAUGACUAUGAAACAUAUCUAGUCAGCCCGCUGGCUAUGUCCUCAACGUUUAACGGCAGCCAUAGCACAACGGGCCCUUCUCCGUUGACACCUUCAGCAGAUCGAUCGUUCAGCGGGUCUUUCCCUCAGGCUAGCUCUCAGUCGGUGUCGCCACCCGGAAAUCCUGCUUCUAGCCGGAUCAAUAUUUCGAACACAGGAACACACAGCCCGGUAUUCGAGAAUGUUCAGGGGACGGAUGGCUCGCUUCCACCGUCGACUGAAGCACCACGUGUAGUGAGAAGAAAAUUCAGUUGGGAAGAAUGAUAAUCCAAUUAUUGCUAAAGUCACUAUCUCUGUGGUUACGGUGUUCUUGGGCUGGCGUUCAUGUCGGAAAGCGACACUAUAUUUUGAACAAUGUAAGGUGGAGGUGUUGAUGACAUGGGCUUAAUUUCCUUCCAUGGUGCUUAGG